CUUCCACUCGUCCUCGAUGGAUCCAUCCGAAACCGGCCUGUGGCUCUUUCGGAGACUCACUGUAAGGACCCCCCGGACUCGCGGGAUAGGCAGAAGUGGUCAUCGGCCUUCAGGGAGGAUGAGGACGCUGCCAGGACGUGGAAAAGGAUCGUCAAAAUGGCUAAAUCCGGGUCGAAACAUCGAGAACGAGCUCUGGACCGGAUGGUCCCGAUGAGUGACGGAGAGUCGAAGGUUGUCGCAUACCGGGAUGGUCGGCGGCAACUUAGUCAUUACGCAAUGGUGUGUUACACAGGCGAUUGGGAUAUCAGCCGCACGCGCUCAAUUUUAUGCUUCUGGCGCCGAGUGAACCGCCCAGCAUCUUAUAAAGCAACGAGUUGUGGCUGCGACCUUUCUCCUCUCGUGUGUACGCCCCCGCUCGUCCCGCCUGAUCCCCCUUUCCCCGCCGCCAUGCGUUUGACACGCCGUGCGCUUCUUGCCGCGCUCCCCCUCCUCAUCGCGCCCUACGCCGCAGCGUACGUGCUGGAGGCCGGUGCAGUCCCGCCAAUCGAAGAAGCGUCCUUGGUGCCCCGGGACGGGCACGGGCAUGGGCACGGACACCAUGUACAACCAAUGCUUGAGCUGAACGAGACCGAUCUCCAGCUCGACCACGCACCGAUCCCGCCGUCGUACUAUACCAUAGAUUUCGAGGACGAGGGAUACGAAGAUCGCCACCCGGGACUCAUGAUGACCCACAUCCUAUUCAUGUCCCUGGCCUUCUUCGUCGCAUACCCAAUUGGGAUUAUCAUGCGGUCGGUCGGACACGCCUGGCACGGCGUUGUCGUGCUCUCGUUCUACGGUCUCACCGCGCUCGGAUGCGCGUCUAGCAUGUUGUACAGGAAGCUGACCCCGAAUAUGUGCGUCCGAUCCACCCACACCAAGCAUGGCUACUUGGUCAUAUUAUUGGCUAUGUGCCUGUCCAUCGUGGACAUCACCAGCAUCCUCCGCCGCAUCGUCGCCUUCAUCCGAAGCGGCGACAAGUUCACGUUCAAGGGCUUCUGGUUCCAGACGAUCCUCGGCCGCGACAACAGCACGCAGCUUGCGGGCCCAGAAUACAUUGGCCUCACGUCCGAGCCUGAGGAGUUCGAUGCGACGAAGUUGCAGAACGACGACGAGCACGACGAAUGGGUCAACCAGCCACCGAGACUCGGGCACCGCUACUCACAUUCGCUCGCCUCAGAGCGAACCCUUGGUCGCUCGAACUCGGCGGACACGGUCGAUGAGGUGGCAGAGCCUGUCGUUGAGAAGAAGCCCCUCGCGAAGCGCAUCGGCAAUGGUGUCUUUGCCACGCUCGAGCGUCUCAUGGUCUUCCUCGGCAUGUACAUGACGAUCAGCGGCAUCGUCAUUUACACUGGUGGCUGCCGUCAGAACUAUCUGAACGGCUGCUUGGCACAUUUGAUCAAGGGCGGCAUUUUCUGGUGCUACGGCCUGGUCACGUUCGCUCGCUUCUUGGGCUCCUUCUCUGAACUCGGUUGGGCUUGGAACCGUGCACCGAUUGGCAAGAACGUCUCCGCUGAGUUCGUCGAGUCGCUGGUCAUCUUCACCUAUGGUAUCACCAACACUUGGAUGGAGCGCUUUGGUGCGCACCCGGGCGACCCGUUCACGACCAAGCAGAUCCAGCACAUCGGCAUUGCUGUCAUGUUCUGGUUCGCUGGUCUCGUCGGCAUGGGUAUUGAGUCGCGCCGCAUUCGCCGCUGGCUCUCGUCCGCGACAAUUUCCUCCAUCCAGUCCUCCAACAUGCCCCAGGACAGCGUCGCGGAGCCGCCGAGCUACAUCGCGAGCUUCAAUCCCUUCCCCGCCCUCGUCAUCGGCGUGACCGGCAGCGCGAUGUCCGCGCACUUCCAGCCCUAUGUUUUCCAGGUUGACAUCCAUGUCAUGUGGGGCAACCUCCUGCUCGCGUGGUCGGUGCUGCGCUGCCUCACGUAUUUCUUCCUCUGGGUGUCGCCGCCGCGGUCGAUCCUGCCCUCGCGCCCGCCGACGGAGGCGCUCGGCAGCUUCUUCCUCACCUGUGGUGGCCUCAUGUUCAUGCUGUCGACGGAGGAGGUGACGAUCGCUGCGAUGCGUCGUGGAAGGGAUGACAAGAUGAUGUUUUUGAACGUCGCCGUCGCCUUCACCUGCAUCGCCUUCUGCUGGACGAUCUGCAUGGUCGGAUACAAGGGCUGGCUGCGGUCGCACACCCACAAGCCCGUCACCUUCGUCAGCUCCGCUUAGAGGCUUGGAGAAUGUACCAUAUAAAUUAUCUAUCCAUUCAUCAUCGCAUCCAUUUGCUUAGCCUCGCCAUCCAUUUGCUUAGCCUUGCAAACCAUUUUUGCUUUGCCAUUGCCACUUCCAGUUGUCCCCUUAAUGUUCGCUUUCUGUCUCACCAACGCAUUGUAUUUUACUGCAUCCCCUCUGUCUUCGUCUGGUUAUUUGCGUUGAGCCCCUUUGGUCUACACUGGCUGCCUGUACUGCCUGUAAUUGUCCUCAGUUACCCUCGAUUUACGACAGCCUAUCCUACGACUUCUAUGACCCUUUGCAAUGUAUUCCCCUUCUCCAAAA